AGUUACACAUUGCUGGUUAUAACUUCAGCAGAAGGAUUUAGAGACACAAGCUGAUCUCUAGCAUGUGGGUCUUGUUGGUGCUCACUUUUGGACUUGUUGCAGGAGCAUUAGAAAGCAGCAACAAGACGGCAGAUGAAGAGCGGCUUGUUAUAGCCAGAGCUAAACUGAUGGCACCCAGUGUGGUUGGAUGAGCCAUAAAGAAAAUGCCUGAGCUCCAUCAUUUCCUCAUGGAGCGAUCGGCUUUAUACCAUAACUUAGAGUAUGACUCAUCAGAGGAGAAGAAGCCCCGUCUGAUAUUUUACAAUGAAAAGGAUGAGGUUGUAAAGACUGUCCCUGUGAAGAACAUGAAGGCAGAUGAGAUCAGCAGCCUGUUAGAGUCUCUUGGUUUCUAUAAGAGGUCCCAGAAAGGGGAAAAAGUACCAGAGGAGUUCCAGAACUUCCCCCUGCACGCACCAAGGGACGAGCUGUGACGACCCCAUGUGGCCAAACCUCACAUCUGCAACCCAGCCGCAUUAAUGAUGAGUGGGGCUAAAAGGCAAGACUGUUACAGCCAGGCUCCAUUCUGAGGACUCGCUGGUUGGAUGCAGUGUGGAGAGUGUUCGGCAUACUGAAGGCUUACUGUUGGUUUACACACUUAAAUAAAAAUUACAAAAA